AUGGAGCUCGUGGCUUACCGACACGGACCACGGCGGUUUACUGCAUCUCGUUUCGAAUUUUACAUCUGCUGGGGCGCACCAACACCCGGUAGUGAGGAUUCGCUGGUGGUCACCCACCCAACUACUAACUCACCGGCGUGUGGCUUAUGUGCGGCCAGUAGUUCGGUGGGUGUCGCCGGGGGUGAGCGCCGCUUUACUAUCGCGCGACUGGGGGUGAUAAGGAUGAGUGCACUAUAA